AUGGUAGCAACCCCAGAAAGCGAAAUCAACUUUUGUUUCCCGAUCCCGGAGACAUUGGAAAACAACAGGAUAUUGUUGACUCCGUUCAUAGCUUCUAAGCAUGCGAAGAUGGUUUUUGAAGAACUCGUGUUAUACCCCGAACUGUUUCGUUAUCUCCCAUUCGGACCCUUCCCCGAUUUCAAAGGCUUUGACGAUUUUAUGCAGACCAGAAUGUGUCAAGAUUCUAACAACUGCAUGUUCGUGAUUUACGACAAAACUCGCUCUUCAGAACCUUCGAGCCACGAGCCUUCUCAGGGAACAAUAGCAGGUCUAAUGGGCCUAAUCAACACCUCGGCUCCCGACCUCGCCAUCGAAAUUGGAGCAAUCAUGAUUUUACCUCCAUUCCAACGCACUCACGUCACCUCUAACGCUGUUGGACUGCUCCUCCAGUACUGUCUAAACCUCCCAAGCACCGAGAAGCCCAAUGCACUUGGACUACGUCGGGUUUUUUGGUGCGCCAACUCUCUGAACAAGCCGAGCGUGCGUACUGCUGAACGUAUGGGGUUUACAUUCGAGGGGAUUAUGAGGUGGCAUCGAGUGCUGCCCCCUGGUAAGCCUGGAAAUGGAGAGGCUGUCAGGACAGGGGAUCCACGUGCAGCGUGCGAGGGGCGGGAUACAGCAAUUUUGAGCUUGUGUUGGGAUGACUGGGAGGGAGGUCAGAAGGAGGUCGUGCAAAGCAUUAUGAACCGAGUCGCGUGA